AUGGAAACCACCCAUGUUGUGGUGUGCUUGAUUCUUCUGACAGUCUCGACCGUUGUCCGCGCGCAGAGCUGUGGCUUUGAUACCCUUGAUUUCUGCGGAUGGACCCAGGCAACUGACGAUGAGCUAGACUGGCUCAUCAACGAAGGACCGACCUCGGCGAGGCUGUUUGCGCAAGCUUUCGGUAGACCUGAACUUGGAACCGGCCCUGUGGCAGACCACACUUUAGGGGACGACCGUGGAGGCUAUGCAACGAUCCCCCACACCGGUCACAGUGACGGAGACAGGGCUCGGUUAGUCAGUCAGGAGUACACCGUUGACGUGGUGCUGCGGUUCUGGUAUCAUCUCUUCGGACAGAACAUCUUCCUAAACGUGUACCUGGACAAGGGAGGGACCUUGAAUCCCAUCUUUCAGGACUAUGAAAGUGCGUCCACCGAUGACACAUGGAAACUAAAGGUUUUGUCAAUAGUCGCAUCGGGCCCAUACAAGAUUGUAUUUGAAACGGGACGAGAUGGCAGUUUCCGUUGCCAGGCUGCUAUCGAUGAUGUGGACAUCAUCAUGUGCGGUGGUGUUUGUGAGAUUCCACCAGAACCCCAUCUAGACUGUACCUUCGAUCGUGACAUGUGCGGCUUCCAUCAGGACAACAAUGACGACAUCGACUGGACCAGACACAUGCGUGCCACGCCCAACCGUGUGUACGCCGUACAACACAGCGCACCAGAGGCAAAAACAGGACCGUUUCAUGACCACACACAGGGCCCACAUCAUAACGGGUACUACAUGUACAUAGAGUCUUCCACCCCGGCACAGACAGGUGAUGUAGCCAGGCUGUUCUCUCCCGAGACGAGCGGGCCGUGUCUGGAGUUUUACUUCCACAUGUUCGGGCCACAGAUGGGCACCCUUCAGGUGUACACCAGGCUAUCUGGUAGCACAGACACUCAGCUGCAGUGGGAGCUGAGCGGGGACAGGGGAGACACCUGGAACAGGGCAAUCAUCAACCACAACAUCACAGACAACUAUCAGCCCCACCGCUUCUCAUAA